AUGGCGGUUGUCAAGAAAACUCAAGUGUUGUUGCUUCUGUUGGCGUUAUUGCUACUGACGUACUUUUAUUAUUGCGAUGGCCAAACAACUCUUAAACAAGAUGUCGAUGAAUACGAUGAUAAUUAUGGCGGUAAAGCAAGAAACCACACGUAUAAUAAAACUACAGACAGUGAUGAAGAAGAUGACGACGACAACAGAAAUAACAACAACAACAACAACAAUACUACUACUACUACUACUACUACUACAAUUACUACUAAUAAUAAUAAUAAUAUUAAUAAUAUUAAUAAUAAUAAUUUCGGUAUCGGCAGCCCAAGCAAUUCUGGCGACGUUAUUAAAGAAGUUGUAAGUGCAAAAGUAAACAUUGAUAUCGAAAGACGAAAAAGUUAUAGAGAAGUUAUAAGAGGUGGCAAGUUUAGUGGCAGUCAUUUAGGUUAUAACGAAAACCUCCAAAAAAGUAAAAAAAUAAUAUUGAAUGGUUUACAAAAAAGUGAAAAUUAUAAGGUGAAAGAUAUCAGUGACGAUAGUUCUGAAGAAAAUGACAACUCAACCGAUUAUCAAAUAAAUUAUGGCAAUAUCAAUUAUGUUCAUGAUACCAAUGGUACUAACAAAGAAAAAUAUGAUGAUAUAAAUAGUACUAGCAAAAAAAACCAAGAUGAUACAAAUGAUACGGGUAACGAAAAACCUGAAAUCGAAGUGAAAUUACUCCGAACAACUUUAAACACCAAACACGCCGAUAAAAAAAUUGCAAAAAGCAACAUUAAGAUCUGUAAAAAUAGCAAAGGGCAAAUAUGUCUGGUGAAAAACGUCAAAAUCUCAACCGGGUCAAGAAGUCAAAGUUUGACCUGUAGGGACAACACGGAAGAGAAUGGCAGAAAGCACACGGGGAUGGAAUCGUUUUUUGACUGGAAGAAGGGCUGGAUCACAUUACCGACAUUUGAAAGAUAUGAAACGCCUGAAGAUGAUGCUGACACAGACGCAGGUCAGCAUUGCAUUCUCUACAUACACAGACCAACGCUCAUACAUGGCCUGAUGCAAGAACGCGUUAGUAAAAUUUGCAGGGAAGUCGAUUGCGAAGACAAUAUAUAUCAAAAUUUAGAUGAUGGUGGAUCUUUCGAUUACGAUGAUGAUGAUGAUUAUAACUCCGAAGAAAAAAAAGAUGAUGAGAAGGAGGAGGAAGAGGAGGAAGAGGAAGAAGAUGAUGAGGAUGGAAAUAGCGGAAAUAGAUUUUAUGAAAUUGAUCUACGAAAUGGAAAAGAUACAGAGGGAGCCAAGGGCAACUGCAAGGAAGAAUUAUUCUUGAAGAGAGACGCGAACGGUGAAAAAUACGUUGACAAAAAAAUAAUUUGCAGAAGAAAGAAAAAUGAUUUUAGACUGGAAAAUAAAUUUGGAAACGUGUUUAAAAAUGAAUUUACUACUGAAGAUAACUUCGAAAAUCAGGAACCCCAAACCCAAAACAUUUUGAAAAACUCCUUUACACCAAAUAAAAUCUUUGUCCCAAAAAAUCCCGAAAUAAAAUUUUUCUUUAGCGAGAGAAAAACCCCAAACGAGGAAAAAAUUGUCAACUACCAUCUCACCCAAACAACUAAAUCACCCGAUGACUAUUUCUACAGCUACAACCAAAUUAGAGGUUCUCGCAGAGCUCAAAACGCACCAAAAUUGUACACAACGACAUUCAAUCUCAAAAUGAACAAACAUGCAUACAAAACUUCGACAGAUUAUAAUUUUUACGACCGUGAAGACAGUUAUGACGAUAACCCCACUCACGACAAUGAAAAUUACGGCAAUGGUAAUGAUUACUACAAUGGUUACAAUGACGAAAUCAAUAAUUUGGAUAAUGACUACAUCAUAAAAUACACAAAACCAAACAUUUUUCCCGUCCCAACAACCAAAACAAAGCUUCGGAAUAGAAAUAUUAACGAAAUGAAAUACAUCGCUAGCUACAUUACAGAUUACAACAACGACAAUGACGACAUUAACGUAAUUCCUGACAUUAAUUCUAAAAAAUACGAACUAACGAAAUAUGUUACAAAUAGAAAAAAUGAUCUUCCUAUCAAGAAAAAAAUCUUGAAAAAUUUUCAAAACUCUAACCCAUCCAGUAGACAAAUUAAACCAGUACAAAGCUUCAAAAAUUACUUUUACGACAGAACUUACGAUACAAAUUACGACUUACCAUUACGACAAACAACAAGAGCAACGACAAUUCGUAGAUAUUUAGGCACCAGUGGAAAUCGAGAAUGUUCGGAAAUGGUUUAUUAUGACGUCAGGGAACACGUGACGAAACGAAAAGUUGCAUGCGUUAAGAAGAGUUUGAAACAGCCAUUUCAAAAAUUUGAAAGAUUAUCAAUAUUUCAGCCAACGACAACAACAACAUUGACGAUAUACGUAGUCACUAGACCAUUUUUUUUCAAAACUACAACAACAACAACAACAAACCCAGCAACUAAAAGGUUUCAACUGAAAAAUAUGAUUUUCAACCUUUUAAAUAAAUUCCUUCCCGCCAAACUAAUCACAACUACACAAGUGUUUGUACCAGCAACAAUUGACAACGAUUUCAUCUCAGCAGCGACAACUGAAACCACAACAACCACAAAACAUCGUCCGAGUAAAAAACGCCGACUUUUUAAAAUCGAAAAGUUUGUUCAUCCUUACAUUAUAACAACAACAACCUAUGAUACUAUUACUACUACUUUUACAAUGACUACUAGUGCUGCUGCUGCUACAACUACUACUACUACUACAUCUCGUUUUACUGAUAAACAUUUUAAAAAAGCUUACAAAAAAAAUGUUCAUAAUUUUAAAACUACUAUCAACACAAUCGCCCCUACAACAUUUUUGACCGCUACUGUUGCAACUGUUGCUGCUACAACAACUACUACUGCAAAAUUAUCGAAGACAAAACGACCAACAACACGAAAAAUAAAUAAAUGGUCGGUAGACUACGAUGUUAAUUUAAAACCAUCAACAACCACAAAAAUAUUUAAACCAACGACCAAAAUUAAAAAAUUAAUGGCUAGAAAAUUUACUUUUACUUUUAAUGUUACUGCUACUACUACUGCUGCUACAGAAAGUAUUUUCACUACCACAACUACUUAUUUAACUCUAGCAACAACAACAACAACAUCAAAAUCAUCAAGUGCCAAUUUUUUUGAAAAGAUUCUCAGUAAAAUUAAGAACUUUCAUAAAGAAAAAUUAAUCGCUACCACUAGUACUACUACCUUCCCUACUACUGCUACCACUACUUUCACUACUACUUCCGUCACAACAGCUACUACCACAGCCACUACAACAGCCACUACCCCUGUCACUACUAUUUACAUUACUGGCGGUAUUAUUACUACAAAUCCUAUUUUGACGACGAAAAAAAAGACUUUUUUUGAAAAAAUUAUAAAAAAUUUCUUCUGGAAACAUAAAACUUCAACUGCAGAUGGAGUAAUAACCACUACUACUGCUGCUACUUCUUCUACUGCUACUACCACCACAGCAGCAUUACUCGCUACUAAAGCUGCACAUUUAAUAUUUUAUAAAAGUAAAAUACAAAAACUAUCUAAACCAGCGAAAGCUAACGAGCGUGAAAAUUUCAAAGUUGACGUUCUCACCUCGAACUCGACAAACUUCGCAGACUUCGUGCCAGGUUCAAAUGCGGUUUGUUAUUUGGCUGGGAAUAUUUUUGACAGUAGUACAUCAGACGUGCUCUCCGAGUUCGAUUCCAGACAGUGCGGUUUUGUGGUUCUAGGCUUCGGGAGUUACCUACGUAGAACCGGCGUGAAAUUAGUGGACUGGUUAAACAGUGGCAAUCACCUGCAUGUAAAAUCUGUACUUAUGAAACUGAAAGAGCAGAACCAGGACUUGAUAACAGUCCUAAGCGUCAGAGGAAUUCUGGAAAAAACUUCCCAAAAGUUAAUUUUGCCAAACAGUUCUGAAGCCAUGCGCGCGUUUGCUAGCAAUGUUACUAAACUUUUAAGAUUUUGGGGAUUUGAUGGCGUGGAAUUACAAAUUAUCAAGCGUAGUGUUCUUGUUAGACCUCUUAUUGCAUUUGUAAAGAAAAUGAAAAUAGAGUUCCAGAAAGAAGCCGAAGAAACAUUGAAAAAGCCAUUGUAUUUAUUUCUGCCGACUUGUCUUCUGGAGGAAGCGAGUUUUUCCAAAAAAGAUUUGAAAAUGCUGGCGUCAUUUCUGAAUUCAGAAGUUAUUGACAAAAGUGGAAUUAUUAACAGCAACAGUAACAACAACAACACCAACAAAAAUGACAUCAUCAACGAAAAUGACGUCAUCAACAAAACUCUUGCCUACAACAACUACAGCAUUCGUGACGUGAGCAACAAAAACGUCAUCAACAAAAAUGACCACCUUAUCAACAAAGAAGUUAUAUGCACGGUCACAUAG